AUGAGUGCGGGCAGAAGUGCGCUUGUGUUUGGAGAUAUUCAGACGGGCAGUCACGGCGCCGAAGCAGUUUACGGAGUUGUCAGGUGGCUUUUACGCUUCUCGAACGAGUCUUAGCUCGGUACCAAGCGGGAUUUUAUAACAACUGUACCAGAUGAACACUGUAAUAGAGAAGAAGAAGCACACCGCGCUCAGGUGUUCAGAGAGAUAAGGACUGGACCUCACUAUUAUCUGCAGGACCUGGGACGUACGAACAUAAACCAGAACUCACACAUAUUAACUGGAUUCACCUCAUUGAGUUGAGCUCAAAGUUGCUUCUGGACAGUUUGGAGCAAGCAGUGACCUCUUCAGUUGUGUCUUUCUGACUUCUGACAACGGAUGCACCAUGCUGUUGAACAGUCCAUGGUCAGUCCAGGUUCUCCUGGCUCUAUCUGUUCUGACAUUGGGUUCAGACAGCGAACCUCAGAACGCCCCUCGGGUCUUCUUGUCCUUCAAAGAUCUGAGGUCUACAGGUACAGCCCAUCACUUCUCUUUCCUGUUGAACACAUCAGACUAUCGCAUCUUGCGCAUGGAUGAGGAUCACGACCGCAUGUAUGUGGGCAGCAAAGACUACAUCCUGUCCCUGGACCUCCAUGACAUCAACCGAGAACCACUCAUAAUACACUGGCCUGUUUCCCUACAGAGGAAGACGGAGUGUGUUUUAAGUGGCAAAGACACAAACGGCGAGUGUGGUAAUUUCAUCCGUCUGAUCGAGCCGUGGAACAGGACGCACUUGUACGUGUGCGGGACGGGCGCCUACAACCCAGUGUGCACUUACGUCAACAGAGGACGCAAGCCUAUGACCGCCAUGCAUCUCCAGAUGCCCCAGACCAGAGGAAGAGCUAGUCGUGCAGCUGAACCUGAAACAGUGUUUGAUGAGACAGGACUACAGGAAUACGUCUUCCAUCUGGAGCCCGGCAAGGAGGAUUCUGGGAAGGGAAAGUGCCCGUAUGAUCCAAAACUGAAUAGUGUCUCCGCAUUGAUUAAUGGAGAACUGUAUGCCGGGGUGUAUAUAGAUUUCAUGGGAACAGACUCUGCUAUUUUCCGAACUUUGGGGAAAAAUGCAGUCAUGCGUACUGACCAGUACAACUCAAGAUGGCUGAAUGACCCCUCAUUUGUCCAUGUGCACCUUAUCCCUGACAGCAACGAAAAAAACGAUGACAAACUCUACUUUUUCUUCCGUGAGAAGUCUUCCGAGAUGGGCCAGAGCCCCAAAUCGCAGUCACGCAUCGGCCGAAUCUGCCUGAACGAUGACGGCGGUCACUGCUGCUUGGUCAACAAGUGGAGCACCUUCCUGAAAGCCCGUCUCAUCUGCUCGGUCCCAGGAGCCGAUGGGAUUGAAACGCAUUUCGACGAGCUCAGGGAUGUGUACAUACAGCCCACGCAGGAUACUAAAAAUCCCGUCAUUUAUGGGGUCUUCUCUGUGUCUGGCUCUGUAUUUAAAGGCUCAGCAGUUUGCGUUUACUCCAUGGCGGAUAUUCGGAUGGUGUUCAAUGGACCUUUUGCCCACAAAGAAGGUCCCAAUUAUCAGUGGGUGGCCUACACUGGAAAAAUCCCAUACCCUCGUCCAGGAACAUGUCCUGGUGGGACUUUCACCCCCAACAUGAAGUCCACGAAAGACUACCCUGACGAGGUCAUCAACUUCAUGCGGAACCAUCCUACUAUGUACAAUGCUGUGUAUCCGGUGCACAAACGCCCCCUGGUGGUCAGGACCAACGUAGACUAUGAGUUCACAACCAUCACUGUGGACCAGGUGACUGCAGCCGACGGCAACUAUGAAGUGCUCUUCCUGGGUACAGAUAAAGGUACAGUACAGAAGGUGAUCGUCCUGCCCAGAGAUGACUUGCAGACAGAGGAACUAGUGCUGGAGGAAGUGGAAGUCUUUAAGGUGCCUACUCCUAUCACAACUAUGAAGAUUUCUUCAAAACGGCAACAACUAUAUGUGGCGUCAGAGGUUGGUGUGACUCAUCUGGCCCUGCACAGGUGUGAUGUCUAUGGCGAGGCCUGCGCAGAUUGCUGCUUGGCCCGGGACCCUUAUUGUGCCUGGGACGGCAAGUCCUGUUCUCGGUACUCUGCCUCACAAAAGAGACGCAGUCGACGACAGGAUGUGAAAUACGGGAAUCCCAUACGGCAAUGCAGAGGAUACAAUUCCAACACCAAUAAGAACACGCUAGAGACGGUGCAGUACGGGGUAGAGGGCAGCAGCACGUUUUUGGAGUGCCAGGCCAGAUCGCCACACGCCGCCAUCAAAUGGCACCUCCACCGAGACAACAGCGAUAGGAGGAGAGAGGUACGCACCGAUGGGCGCGUGUUGAAGACAGAUCAAGGCUUACUACUGCGUUCCCUCCAGUCCUCGGACUCCGGCAUCUACAUCUGCACAGCCACAGAGAAGAACUUCAAGCACACCUUGGUCAAACUUCAGCUGGUGGUCUUGACCAACCAGGCAGUCAACAACAUCCUGGUGGAAACGGGCCGUCCGGCAGCUUCCUCGCUCCAGUCCAGCGCCUGGACCCCCAGCGCCGGACAAUACAAAGACCUUCUGACCAUCCUCAGUCAGCCUGAGAUGGGCCUCAUAAACCAGUACUGCCAGGACUAUUGGCAAUAUGGAGACCCGCUGACGGGGGUCAUCAAGGCCAAAGACCUCAAAGAGCUGAAGGAACAGAAGAAACCGCGGAAUCGCAGACAUCACGGGGACGAAGAGGAGACAUGAGGGGGUUUCUGUCCCCACGGUCCUAUAGGAAAGACUUCUAAAAGAGUAAAACCUAAAAAAAAAAAAAAAAAAAAAAAAGAAAGAAAAAAAAGAGAGAGAGAAAAACUUCCAGCAAGUGAAACCGAACUUUGCAAGCAACAAACGGAAUUCCCUUUUAACACAUAAAGAUGAUAUCAUACACAGUAUUUAUUGUAGGUUGUAUAUAGUACCAUUCUGUGGAUUUCUUUGUACUUAAAUAGAAAAAUGAAUGCUCUUUGUGUAUAAGUACCUAACGGGCAAAUAUUAUUGUAAUAUUAUUUUUAUUGUCACAACUGCAAACGAAACAAAACAAAUCUCCAAUUUCCAUCUUCCGGGCAUUGACGACUCGUAUAUAUUGACAUAAACUCAUAGACUAUGAACUAUGUUGAACUGAGAUGGGUAAGGAAAGAGCGACUGGGGACGAAUCUUCCCCCUGGACUCUUCACACAGAAAGACAUUCGGAAAAAGGCGGGGCAGGAGACGCUGACAUCAUAAUGCUCCUCACCACUAGUCCCACCCCUAAGUGCAUUCUGGUCCCUCAUUGGUUACAAUGAUACACCAGCUCAUAUUGUCUUCCUAAUGUCACUCUAUAUGCACAACACCUCUGUUUUCAUUGCACAAAUGUUUAAGGUAAUCAAGUUUCAUGGCACAAUUUUUUUUGUGACUGGACUCGAUCAAGUUUUGACUAAUGUAAAACAGCUGCUGAGGGCUCUUAGUAAGCUAUUAUUGUUUUUUUAUGCCACUUUUGAAAAGACUAAAAGCACAAACCAACUCGCAUCGUGAUGAUGUCAUGAAUGCACAAAUGGGAAAGCAUGUCCAGAUCAUAUUUCACUCAUUAAAAGUUAAUGGCAUUUUUUUUAAAUCAUUAUUUUUAAUUUAUUUUACUUGACAUAACAGAAUUAGACAAAUACUAAUAUUAUUUAAAUAUUACGUCUACAAUUUAAAUAAUCUUUUCUUCUCAUAAAAGUGAGAAUGAGAUUUUUUUUUUGUUAUUAUAAUAGAUUUAAGGAGAGAAAUGUUAAUGCAAAACUGUUGAUGGUACUAAAAACAAGGACUUGUUAAGCAAUAAUUAUAUAUAUAAUUCCACACAUAUUUACAUAUAUAAAUACAGGGGUGAAAUAUGAUCUGGUACUGUUUUGUGAGAUUCAGCACAUAGCCUAAAUAUGAAUUUAGAUAAACUGGUGAAGGCUACAACAUGAUAUAAAA